AUGACCAGCAAAGGGUUGAAGCUUCGCGAUAUAAUCAAACAGAUAGAAUAUCAAAGAGGAGACCUCUUAAAGGCGAAACCAAAUGAUUUUUUUCCCAUAAAAAGUGAUGAGUAUCUAACUUUAAAGUGUUUUGCAAAAGAUUUGGAGUAUGUGGAUAAAAGAGAUACAAGAGAUUUCUGCUCCGCUCUGUUGUAUUACAACAAGUUGGUGUCAAAUGAAACUUUACUGACCUUCUUCAUACCGACUGGCUUGAAUAAAAAAAGACAAUUUCAAGUUGCUUUUUCAUCGUGCCAUACAAUCCGAGGGACACCAUUAAUUGCCUCGUCGGCUGAGGAAUUCAACAAAACGUUCCAUUUCCUAAAUGGAACAAAGAACAAUCUAAUUUGGAAUGAGGCUUACGUUGAUGACAAGGGAGAUCUGUGGUGGUGCGGCUACGAUUCGCUGAAGGUGCCUGUUCCACUUGAUUCUGGCGCCGACCUAAUUGCAGACUUCCCUUUUUACUUGGUGUCUCUGGCGAGUUCUAGACCGAAUUUGCACGCUGUCCAUAUGGACUUUAAUAUUUCAAUUUCUAAAAUGUUUUGCCAGAUUCCCAAGAGUGUGGCAAACAAAUGUCUGAAAUACCCGCAAUAUUUCAAAAAUUAUACUUAUUACAAGCUGCCGCUGCCGGACGAUAUUGAAUUGUAAAUAAGCUGCAACAAAGUGUUCAGAAAUAUUAGCCCUUCGAAUCAAAAACUAUGUGUUGCUAUGAACCAGAAACAUUAUAAUAACAAGUAUUAA